UAACUCUUUGUUAUAGUUCAUUUCAUUGCCGUGAUGCUACAAGGAAAAGAUUAUUCCUAGAAGGAAUAGAUGUUUUCGUCAAUAUGGCGACUGGUGAAGUGUGAGUGUUGUGGCUGGGUGCUGUGACAUUUUGUUGUGUGUGUAUCGUAACUUGUUGGUGCUUGAAUAUCCGCUGUAGGACACAUGUUAUUAAUAAAAGGGAGAAAUAAUGAGUGAAGAGUCAAAAAUGCUUCCAAAAUCUGUGGAAGCAUCACCGACCUUGAAAGUAAUACUGCCUUGUCUUCGUUCCCAUUCCGAAAAUCAUCGGAAGAGAGAACCCCGGAAAGUUUCAUUUCCAGAGGAAGAAGACGAUUUGGUUACAGGUUAUUUAGAACCAGCAAAUGCAUGGGAAUAUGCCGAGAAUGUGAGCCAUGACGACCUGAUCUCUACCUACAAGGCAUCCUGUGAGAAGCAUGGGACUUAUCCUAUGCCACAUGUCCUCAAUCAGCUGCAGACUCUGGACAUGGAUGCAGUUCGCAAUGAGUGUCUGGACCUUAAGGGUCACACACUGUGUUCCAUGCAGUGUGAGACAUUAGAAGAAGUGCUCAAGAGGGUGCAAUUCAAGAACAUCGACCUGGAGGCUACGUCACUUGAUGAUGAGAGUUCUGUUGCUCUCUUUGAUAUGGUUGAGUAUUAUGAAUCUGCAGUCCAUCUCAACAUAUCAGGCAACGAGAAUAUUGGGGUUCGUGGAUGGCAGGCUUGCUCCCGAAUGAUCAAGAAGACUCGCUGUUUGGAGCACCUGGAAGCACGUAAUGUUACACUCAAUGAGCAAUACAUGCCAAUUUUAAGUCGUGCACUACGGAUCAGCACACAGCUUCAAGUACUGAAACUGGAAAACUGUAAUCUUAGUGGUCGUCCCAUCAUCAUACUGGCGGCAGCGCUGAAGUUGAACACAGGUUUAAAGGAGUUGUACCUAGCAGACAACGACUUGGGAGUGACGGAUGCCAUUCAGCUUGGUGGGCUCCUGCGUAGCAACUUCACACUACAACUGCUCGAUAUCAGUAAUAACAACAUUCAAGACACAGGAUUGGGCCACAUAUCUGAUGGACUGACAGACCAAACACCAGAACAAUCGGGCAAUGGACUUAGCAUCCUUGUGCUCUGGAACAAUCAUCUUACCCGCAACGCGUCAAAACAUUUCGCCCGUGCCGUGGCACGCAGCAAAACGCUUGAGACACUCAAUAUUGGGCAGAACAAGCUGACAAAUGAAUGUCUACUUGUUAUGAAGAACUCGCUACAGCAGAACCGAACUCUGCUACAACUUGGCAUGCAGUCGACACAUCUGUCUUGCGAGGGGGCCAUUGCUUUGGCAGAGUGCAUUGAAGAUAAUCCUGUCAUACAGAGGAUAGACUUACGAGACAACUCUCUGAAAGUGGCUGGUCUGAUGGCACUUGCUCUCUCCAUGAAGGUGAACACAAGUGUUACUCAACUUGACUUAGAUGACAUACCAAAGAAGAAAAUGGAAGAUGCAGACGCAUUAGACCAGUAUGUCACAUUGGUGACUGAGAUCAGAGGGUAUUGUGCCCGCAAUGAGACAGCAGCACGUGAGGAGGAAGACAUAGUUGAAGAAGGCCCUACCACUGGAGCAUCAGGCAGGGGACGAUUGACCAACAGUACAUCACGCAAGAUCUCUUUAACAUGUGAGACUUUACUCCGUACUACUGCCAUGCCUCCGCAACCAAUUGUACCAGACAGCGGCCUAUUGGCAGAGCCACGACGGGGUAGUAGCGGCCGACUGCGCAGUCCUGCACCCAGCCCUAUCCCCAGCCCCAUAUCAAGCCCCAUACCGAGCCCAUCACGAACACGUUUUCAGGUAUCGCGUGUUGCAGAGUCAAUUUCUCUCCUGAAUGCAGGACAGUCUUGUUCCCCAAGUUCUUCCUCAUCUCCAGUCACUCCACCAUCCCUGUCAUCAUCACCCUCACGCUUCUUUCCAUCUACAUCAACUUCACGGUUCCGUGUUACACUUGUAGAACCCUCUGCUCCACCUCCCACUGUCACAAGCCCAUCGGGCAACAUCACUGUUGGCUUUAACUUCAGGAAGAGCAUUGCUGACAAAGCAUAUGAAGAAAUCCAUAAUGUACCCACAGACUUGCAGGAAAAUACAGAAACAGCACCAGGAAUUGCUGUAACCAGCUCAACAGUGGCAAGUCAGUCGGCCUCACUCAUGACGCAUCAAGCUCCAUUGUCGCAGAAUGUGAAAGUGACUGUAAAACUGUUCCCCAGUUCUGACAGCCUAGUCAUUGAAAAUGAGUCCAAUUCAUCAGUGGCUUCUGAUACAUCUGAAGACACAGCUGAUAUGGAAGUCAGAACUAUCAUGAAUGCAUGUAACUUGGAAGGUAGCAGUUGGGUCAGCUGUGAAGGGCAGGAUUCUGUAACAGUGUUGGGAGCUGAAAAUGAAGUGGCUGUCAGUUCAGACAAGGAUGUUCGAACACAGUUUCCAUUUGUAGACAUUUCCAGUGACAAAACUUUGGUGAACCAAGUAGGCGCAGAUAAGGAUGUGUAUGUGGCUGAACAGAAUAGUGAGGGUCCUGCAGAACAGAAUUCAGCUACACAUUCUGUGAAAUCAUGUGAACAGUUUGAAAAUAGCUUGGGUACUGUGAAACUAGCUGAACAGGUUAAUAAUACUUCGGGGACUGUGAAGGCAAGCAGAGUUGCGGAUAAAAGUUUGUGUACUAUGAAACGAGAGGGACAAAUUGAUGGUAACAGCUUUGGCACUGAGAAGCUAGUUGAACAUGUUGAUAAUAGUACAGGGGCCUUGAAGACAAAUGAAAAGACUGGUGAUAGUUUGUUUACUAUGAAACCAGAUGAAUGGGUUGGUGAUAGCUUGUGUGCUGUGAAACUAGUUGAACAGGUUAAUGAUUCAGGUACUUUGAAGACAAAUGAACAUGAUGAUAGUUUGUGUGUUAUGAAGACAGAUGACCAGGUUGAUAACAGCUUUGGGACCGUGAAACUGGUUGAAUCUGUUGAUAAUACCUCAGGUACAAUGGAACUGGAUGAAUGGAUCGAUAAUAAUUUAAGUUCCCAGAUCCUGGAUGAACAGGCCAAUAAUAGUUUAAUACCUAUGAAACCAAAUGUGGGUGAUGAUAACAGUUUGAGUACUGUGAAGUCAGCUGAAUGGAUGUUGAAUGAUUUAAAUACUGUGACACCAGAUGAACAGGUUGAUAACAGUUCAGGUAGUUUAAAACAGGAUGAGAAGGUUAAUUGUAGUUUAGAGAAUAUGGUAAGGCCAUUAGAAUCAACACUGAAGCAGCAAGUACAGGUUGAAAACAGCAUGAAAGAGAUGCCUUCUCAGUGUACUUGGAAAGUCUUGUGGGCAGCCAGUGUGAAUCCACAGCCUGUUUCCAAUAGUAACACAUCUGUCCUAGCCACAGGGCCCCUGGUUAACACUGCUAAUGGCGGAAGUGUUCUCUUAAGUAGCUGUCCUCAGAGGACCUUUGAACUUUGUCAAGAGACUGUGCCAUCACACACUGCCACACAAGAAGUGAAAACAUUAGUAAAACAGAACCCAGGCUUAUUGAGGAAAGAGAGAAGGAUUUCAAACUGCAAAAACCCUGUUCCAGACAUCUUAAAUAACAACAACAAAAUCAAAGAACUUACAGUUAUAGAUAUUUCAGAUGAGAAUAGACUGAGGCUUGAGUGUAAGGAAGAAAGUGGUUGUACAAGACAUUGUAAAGAUGAAAAUUAUAAUGUUCCAAAAUUGCGUGAAACAGUUCCUGAAGGGGAUGGUACUAAAUCAGUUUCUGAGACUUUGAGCAGUAGGAGUUUUGAAGUAGGGACAACUACUGGAGUGAAUGAAAUUUGUGAUUCUAAAUCUAACUUCAGUUUGAACAGUAGUCAGGAUGGGGAUACAUUAGAAAAGGAUUAUACUGAGACAUGUCCAGAAUCGUUGAAGUUAGCAGGUAGCUCUGAUAUUGUAGGCAAUACAUCAGAGUGCACAGCUGAAGAAAGUGACGCAGAGCUUAAUAUAGAAUCAAAUGAAGCAAAAGAUGCCCCCACAAAUGUGGUAAAUAUUAAACCUGUUACUUGUUGGAAACAGGACAGUGACCAGUUUGGUGUUGACUUUGGUAAUGGAUCUGCAUCAAGUGGUGGACUUUCUAAUGACAGGUCAUGGUCUCGAAGUUGUGACUCUUCCUUUGUUUCUGUAAAAAGUGUAGCAGCCACAGUGUGUUUAAUGGGCAGUUCAUCGGAGUUUUCGAGCUAUGAAAUGGACACCCAGAGGGGACCUGGAGCGGGAAGCCUGCUGUUACCAGACCACAGUGUGGAGGCAUCAGUGCAACCUGCAAGGAAAGAAAUGGAAUUGCUUCAGAAUCUAGAACUCCACCCUAGCAAUACCAUAUAGGGCAUGUCCAUGCCCCUGGUGACCAGUGUGGCUUUAUUCUGCUGCACAAAGAGGCAAGUAAAUGACUCAUUUGGAAUGAACAGACAUGGUUUGUCAAAAAAUAUAUAUAUUUUUUUCAUUGUUUAUACUACUCUAAAGGUUUUUUAUUUCUCAGAACAAAGAAUAAGAACUUUAUUUUUAAAGAAACAUAAAAUGUUUUAAAUGCCCGAUAUUGUUUAAGAAAUUAUGUCAGAAAUACAGACUUUUAUAAAAAGCAUAAGUGGAUAUACACAUUUUAUUUAUAAAUCUGUUGUGGGUGUAUAAAUAUAUAUANGUGUAUAAAUAU